AUUAAAAAUUAAAUUAAAUGAUAAUUAAGAUAAAAUAAAUUGAAAAAAAUAAAAAAGUAAUAAUUGUAUUAUUGAAAUGAAGAUAAGUCAACUUAAAGGAGUAGAGUUAAAAAAAAUUUCAUUAGCCAAACAAUAAUUUCCCCUCCUCCUCUAUCGUUCCUUCUCCGCUCCUCAUGCAUUGCCAUAAGCCUUCUGCUCUCGAGCCAACCCUAGCAAACCUCGGCUUCCAUGAGCUCUCCACGGCCAUCAAGGGUCUUGCCAAACCCAUCCUCGCCGACCAUGAAACCCAAAUCAGCAAAGCAAAUCGAACCCACAAACCCAGGGUUGUCGUGAUAUGUAUCCCCUGAACUCAUAUUGAAUCCUAAAACCAAGAACUCAGGUCGAAUCUAGAAACCCAAAACUCAGAUAGAAGAGAAGAGAAGGGAAGAAAGAGAGAGAGAGAGCGAAGAAAAGAGAAGCCGAGGCUUUUCCAAUUCGAAGCUCAACGGGAAGUGAUUCCAAUCGCCCCUGAGCUGUGAUUCUUCCGUGGUUUUUGGAUGUUUGAGACAGAUUAAUCGUUUUAUUUUCUGCUGGGAAUUGAAUGGCGGCAUCGUGAAGAGAAGCUGGGCUUUAAUGGCUUCAAUGGCAGCAUCGUGAAGAGAAGCAGAGGAUGGGAUGGGAAGAGAUAGAGAGAGAGAGAGGGGGGGCGGACAACGGAUGUUACAAAAAAAAAAUAAUAAUAAUAAAAAAGGAAAGGCGCUGCCGCAUGGGCCCCAGCUGUCGAGUGGGCCCUGGCUGCUACAAGGCAAGUUGUGAUUGGUGCAAAGCGCAUCUGUAUGCAGAGGCUCGAGCACCUCUGCAAAGAUACGCGGCCCGCCAGCUCUCCUCCAAUGGAGAGAGACAGCCUGCGUGGCAAUGAGAGACGGUGCCACCAUACCGACUGGAAACAGCAUAAAGAUAUAGGAUGCGAACGAUAAAAUAAAAGGAAAAAUACUAGAAAAGACAAGUAUUGAAACCUAUAUGAAAAAAUGUGUAGUUUUUCCAAAUGUAUAUUAUAUUUUAAUUUAUAAAAAGGAAAAAAAAAAGGUUCGGCGACAUAAUUGUUUUUUAUUAAAAGUUGUUUAUCAAAUCACGUGCUAUACCUUAAUUCUGGCCAAAAAAUGCUAUUCCUUAAUAAUCCGGGCAGUUAGUGCGGUGCAAAAGAAAACUGAAACAGAAACUAAAACUAAAACUAAAACUAAAAGCAAUUUAUUAGUGAAUUGGAUCAGUUAGUAACUAAGCCUCCCAAUAAAGGAAAAAUAGAGUCCUAUAAAAAGAGCAAAGAUUUCUAACACGGGCGUCAAAUGGAGUUCAUCCGAUACCAUUUAUAAGAAAUUUCAAUUACUAUCAUUUAGAUCACCCAAAGAAAAAAGAUGCAUACGGUCGACGAAAAAGGUGAUGAUCACACGCAGGACGGCACUGUCGAUCUCAAAGGGCGGCCUGUCUUGAGAUCGAAGACUGGCCGUUGGAAAGGUUGCUCGUUUAUGUUUGGAUACGAGAUCCUUGAAAGGAUUGCAUAUCAUGGAGUCGCUUCGAGCUUGUUUGUGUACUUCACAGAGGAGCUACAUGAAGACACUGGGACAUCUCACACCCAUGUUAACAAUUGGACCGGAACCGUCUGGCUGAUGCCGAUACUCGGUGCUUACAUUGCUGAUGCUCAUCUUGGCCGAUACCGCACUUUCAUCAUUUCCGCCCUCAUUUAUCUUGUGGGGAUUGGGCUGCUGACACUAACGGCGUCCCUUCCGGCGCUGAAGCCACCGUCAUGCCCGACGAACAUCAAAAAGGAGAACUGCAAGUUGAAGGCCUCGGCUUUUCAGCAGGCCUUCUUCUUCUUGGCGCUCUAUGUGAUCGCGUUAGGGAAUGGGGGUACGAAACCCAACAUCUCAAGUAUGGGAGCAGAUCAGUUCGACAACUUCGAGCCCAAGGAGAAGGCUCAGAAGAUAUCAUUUUUCAACUGGUGGAUGUUCAGUGUCUUUAUCGGUUCUUUCAUUGCAAACACGGUGGUGGUAUACAUCCAGAAAAACUCUAGUUGGAGAAUGGGCUAUGGGAUUCAGACUAUCGGGCUCGGCUUCGCUAUCUGCCUCUUCCUGGGGGGAACCCCAUUUUAUAGGCACAAGAAACCUCAAGGAAGUUCGUAUGGGAAAAUGUUUCAGGUUGUUGUGGCCGCUUUUAGGAAGUGGAGGGUCCCUGUCCCGAAUGACCCGAAGGAUCUUCAUGAGCUUAGCUUGGGGGAGUACGCAAAAAUGGAAAAAUACAGGAUCAACAAUUCCCCGGCCCUAAGGUUCCUAGACAAAGCAGCCGUGAAAACUGGGCCAACUUCGCCAUGGAUACUUUGCACAGUCACACAAGUCGAGGAGACGAAGCAGGUCUUAAAGAUGGUCCCGUUUCUGAUCGCUACAAUCGUCCCGAGCAUGGUAUUCUCCCUAGUGCAUACUCUCUUCAUCAAGCAAGCAGGCAGCCUGGACAGGCACUUGGGUGGUAAUUUUGAGAUCCCUCAAGCAAGUCUCAAGUCCGUGAUACAGGUCUCUAUGCUCGUUAGCGUCGUGCUAUACGAUCGCUUUCUUGUCCCUGUGUUACGACAACGCACAAAUAACCCGAGGGGCAUGACCAUGCUCCAGAGGAUGGGGAUCGGAAUGUUCCUGUACAUUGUAAUCAUGGGAUCUGCCUAUCUAUCAGAGAGGAAGCGCAUGUCCGUCAUCAGAGCCAAUUCCAUCUCAGCCAAGGGCCAAACAGUCCCGAUCUCGGUCGCUAUCAUCCUCCCCCAAUAUGUCCUUGUGGGGAUUGCAGACACAUUUCUUGAGGUUGCGAAGAUGGAGUUCUUCUACGAUCAGGCUCCAGAAGGGAUGAAGAGCCUCGGGGGCUCCUACUACUGCACGGGCAUGGGAUUAGGGAGCUUUGCCAGUGUAUUCAUCACGAGUAUCACAUCCUUUUUUACUAAAAGAAAUGGUCGACAAGGAUGGAUCGCAGCCAACAUAAACCAGUCACAUCUGGACUACUUUUACGCAGCAGUGACGGGCCUGACCUUGAUAAACUUCCUGUACUUUCUAUUGAUUGCGAAAUCCUACGUCUAUAAUGCCGAUCCUAUGGAGCACAAGAAGGACGCUCUGACUCUGGAAAUGGAAGAUCUGCCGAGUAUAGGCGACGCGAUGAACACAAAGGAUGGGAAGAAGACGAAGUACUAGCUUGGAUGCAUGAUCAAUCUUCAGAGGAGAACAUGUAGGGAGAAGGAAUGACCUAUAAUUUCCGUGUUCUAAUAUUUUGUUCUUUCUUUGGUCAUUAGGAUUAUGUAAGAGUAUAAUCGUUAUAUAUUCUAGAGGAUUUGGGCAAAAUGACUUACCCGCAAUGUGUGGGUGCCUUCAUUGUAUAAUAUGUGGUGAUACAAGUGUAAAAGGAAAUUACAUAUUUGUUCUCGAAUUAAAUAUUCUGACCAUAUAUAUAAUAUUCACUAAUACGCCUCCUCAAUUGUUCGAGGUGCAGACACUAGUAGUUUGGACCAGCGAGACUGAAAAGUCGAGAUAGAGAUGUUCUUCGUUAGAAUGGCUGCCAACUAGGACAGCGUGAGAACAUA